GCAUUAUUUCAUUAACAGCUGACGAUGAAGUUUAGUUACCUACUAGUCAUCGUGGUAUUUGCCAUAGUGGGGAUAGAGGCUGUUCCACCGAGGAAAGAAUGUAUGAUUCAGCCGCAGUAUGGGGACUGUUCUGGCGGAAGAGGCUUCUAUUUUGACUCCAUACUGGAUGAUUGUGUAUAUGGUUGUUGUUCCAACGGAGGCAACAGGUUUGCCACAGAAGACCAAUGUGAAGUAGCUUGUGAAGGCGAAGAGGAGGAAGAACCCGAUAAUGAUAUACCAGAUGGACCCGACUUUGAUAUACCAGAAUACAAUAGACAUAAUGGAUAUGUACAGAGAUACAAUUAUAAUGUCAACAAUGUAAAUUCUGGCAUCAAUAGAAAUAAUGACAACAACGGAAAUAAUGGUAUCAAUAGAUAUAAUGUCAACAAUGUAAAUAAUGGCAUCAAUAGAAAUACUGGCAUCAAUAGAAAUAAUGUCAACAGUAGAAAUAAUGACAACAAUGUAAAUACCGGCAUCAAUAGAAAUAAUGUCAACAAUGAUGAUACUGGCAUCAAUGAUGAUACUGGCAUCAAUAGAAUUAAUGCUAACAAUGGAAAUAAUGGCAUCAAUAGAAAUACUGGCAUCAAUAGAAAUAAUGUCAACAGUAGAAAUAAUGUAAAUAAUGGCAACACAAGAAACCCAGUCGCCAAUAGACUAGAUGUAUAUGCCCAAUUAUACCGUUACUUUUUAAACAAAGCCAACACCCGAAACCUUGUCAGCAACGGACCCAGUGCAUCUGCACGAGCUUCCGCUUACAGUAGAAGCAAUGGCAAUGCACAAAACAUUGGCAGCAAUGGAGCAAGUGCAUCUGCACAAGCUUCCGCUUACAGUGCAAGCAAUGGCAUCGCACACAACAUUGGCAGCAAUGUAGCAAGUGCAUCUGCACGAGCUUCCGCGUACAGUGCAAGCAAUGGCAACGCACAAAACAUUGGCAACAAUGGGCCAAGUGCAUAUACAAAAGAUGUCCGUUACACAAUUAGUGGCAACACAAAAACACUUGGCAGCAAUGGACCCGUCGCACAUAAACAAGUCUUCCGUUACAAUGUAAACAAUGCCAACACACAAAAUAGUGGCAGCACACAAAAUAGUGGCAGCACACAAAGCAGUGGCAAAAAACAAACCAGUGGCAAAAAAUCCAAAAAAAGUAGCAGACGAAACAAAAGUAAAAAAACCAAAAACCAAAACAAAGGCAGCAAUGUACCCAAGUGUCUUAGCUGCAAAUUGUAAAACCAUUGAACACAAAUGGUCUUAAACAAACAAACUAUACAUCAGAAAUAAACCGGUCUUGCUCAAAUUUUGUCAGAAUUAAAUCUUUUUAUUUCAAAA